AAUUCAAACUAAGGCAGUAGUCGGCAAAAAUCUCCCUUUGCUUCUUCAUCUGCCGGUUACGGCCUAGCUAAAGCAUUAUCACCAACACCGCCACCAUGGAAAUGAAGAAAAUUACCUGCGCCGUCCUCUUUGCUGCUGCCUCAGUCAGCGCCGUGGUGGCUGCUCAUGCCCCCGCCCCAGCACCAGGACCUGCAGGAGCAGAAGCACCAACCAGUGGUGCCGCCGCUGCAAGCCUACCUAUCUUGGGCUCCAUGGUUGGUGCGUUUGUUGCCUACUACUUGCAGUAAAUGAUCAGAGAAAGAAUCAUGAGACCAAGACAGAGAGCUUGAUCGAUCAAGUUUAAAGGAGGGCGGCCGGGUUGAUGGUUUUACAGUAAAACUUUUACUUCUCUUGGUUCUCAUGGUCUCUUUCAAAUAUAUGUAAUGUACACAUUAAUGAAAUAAAAGAGCUGUCUGGUUCUG